CCUUUCCCUGUUCCUUGUUUUAUGAUAGCAUUUGCUUUCUAGACUCUCACAUUUUUUCUGCUGUGCUGCUAUUUUCAGACUCCUCUGCUGGUGGCCGUCACUGCCAGGCAGCCAGCUAUUGUCUAUGAUUUGAUCCAGACAGGAGCAGAUGUCAAUGCUGUAGACAACAAAGGGCAGUCAGCCUUACAUCUUGCUGCAACAUAUGGGUAUGCCCAAGUUCUUCAGGUUAUACUGUCACUAGGUUUCCCUCUUGAUUUAGAAAUGAAGGAUUUUGAAGGCCAUACCCCACUCCACUGUGCUGUUCUGGCCCACAACGCCCUGCUCCGGGACCAGGGUUGCCAGACGUUGAUGGAGGAGCAGCAGAAAGAUCUUCAGCACAAGAGCGAAGAGCUGGAGUCCUGUAUCCACCUCCUGGUGCAGACAGGAGCCUCCAUCUACAGCCGGGAUGUGAAAAGCAACAAGACAGUUCUUCAUUAUACAGUCCAAGAUGGGAACAUCUCCCUGCUCAGGUACUUCUUGGAGCUGAAUGCUUUCAAGUCCAAGGACUUUGUCAAUAACAAGGCACAUGGCAACACAGCUUUGCAUAUGGCAGCUGCAUUGCCUCAUGACAAGAACCAGAAAGAAAUCAUCCAGUUGCUCCUUGACCAUGGGGCAGACCCAAGCAUCCGAAACUUAGACAACGAUCAGCCAAUCCACAUGGCUCCUUCUGGAAAAGCUGGGGAUCAGGUUAGGCAUUUGCUGAAGAAAGGGAAAGUUGCGUCUGCAUUCAUUUCCUGUCGUCGAAAUGCCAGAUCCUAGGUUACCUGCGAUUUCUGGAAUGGCUUUAACUUCAGCUUGCGGAUUGCACAAGGCCUCUUAGAAAAACUGUGAGCAUGGCUAACCAACAUGUCCCAGCUCUUAGGGUCUUUAAACCAGGGUGGGAUGACAGUGUUUCUCAACCUGUGGACCAAAAAUAGCGCGUAAGAUAUCAGAAGAUGACCUUUCAAAUGCUUGAAAACUUCAUUUGGUUAACAGUGAAUGCUAAUAAACCUCAAGCAUUGCUUGCAAGCAAGGAAGCAAGCAGAGCAAAUGCUCAAAGUACAGCCAACCUUUGAUUUGGUGGCAACUGAAACCCGUGGUGGUGACAGAACGCAAGAUGGUAGUUUGGCUAUAAAAGGUUGAGAAAUACUGUUCUAAGACAGGCUUGAACUGUGCCUCUUGUUAGGUCCUGUACAGAGGUACUUGCUGAAAUGCCAAAGCCUUUGUGAUGUGCAAUUGCCUCCAUUGUUCCUGCUAGUCUGGGAAUGCAGGAACCUGAGGGGAGGGAAAAGACUGGAUGGAAGAGGUCAAGUCAGCCUGAGGAGUCAUCCAUGGCUGUAUUUCACCUGAAUGAACGGACAUCCAAACUCAGGAGCUCCAAGCGAGGGUUCCCGCAAGCUGCUAUGACCCCGUUUCUUAGCACUUUGUGGAAGAAAGCUGAAGCAGCUGUCCAUUGCCACAGUCUCUCACCCAACCCCAAGAAAACGAAACAGACACUUGUAAGAGCAAGGACAUGGGGCAGGUUCUCAACAGUGCAGGUUCGUGUGGCUCCUGAGUGCUUCCCAGUGAAGGGAUUCCUCUUUGAGACAUCUGACCCAAUCCAAGUCUCCAGCUUUAAUGGCAAAUAGCUCUGGAAGCACCUCAGAGUGGGGAGCUGAAGCCUCACGUGAGCUAAUGCCUGCGUAGGAGACAGAGGUUUCCUUUGGGUCUUCAAUAGUUUUGAGACACAGACAGGGUGGAAAACCUUUGAGCCCUGUGGGCCUGUACACAGCAGGGUCAGAGUGCAAUGUGGUGAGUGCUCUCCUAUUCCCAUUCUUGUCUAAGGGGGCAUUUUAAUAGAUUCUUCUUAUUCUUUCUGUGAAAUGAUUUGUGAAUUGCUGUGCAAUCAGCUGGCAACAGUGUCUCUGCCAGGUCAAUAGGACUGAAGGUAGAUGCCUGAAGGGAGUGAAAGCUGCGUUUCGACAACCCUUUCAUAGAGGGUGUCUCAUCUUCAGUACACAUUCUGAAUUAUAGUUCACUGAUUUCUCAAUGUCGUACAAGUUAUUUUUUCUAACAGGACUGAACAAUAAGACGAAGGGCAGGUGUCUUAAAUCACUGCAGUAACUUCCUUGAUCGCCUACUGACUAACUCAAUAGGAUGGGGUUUUCUAAAGCGCUUGUCAGGCUCACAGACCUGGACUGUUUAAACAACUGUUUAGUAGACUUGAACAAAAGCUCUUAAGAAAUGCAGAGAUCUUCUCAACUUUCUCAGCCCUCCUCUUUGCUGUUCUGCUAGUGCUUCUCACUACAUCAUAUCUACAAUCCUGCCAACAUCCGCUGACAAAAAAAAAAAAGCAGAUGUGUAUUUGCAUGUGUUUGCAUAAAUUUGCAUGUAUCUGGGCAUAGGCCAGCAAAAGCAUGUGCUUUCUUACUUUGAAGGGAUGUUAUAACAAGCCCUGAAUUGAAUGAUAACUGCAUUGGUGAGUUAGUACUGUGUGUCAGGACAAAACGGUCAAUAAAAUAUCUGUUUCUUGAACUUGCUAGCAACACAACUGUAAAACUCUGGCCAGCAUGUGGCACGUGGUGCGCUAGGGAAAAGGUGAAAAGCUUUUUGCCAUCUAGAAAGGUCUAUGAGAUGACAGAAGUCCUUUUGCAGCAAGUGAAAAAAAUACAUGAGCUGUUUUCUGGAGUGGCUUAUCUCUAUUGAUUCGUCUGCCUGCUGUGGGAGGUUUAAUACAGAGCAAUGCCAUCAGCGACUUGGAGUCUGCAAAGAUCACCACCUCCAGAAUAUCAGGGAAAAUCUCUGUCUGGGGAGGAAUGGCUGUGGCUUCAUUCAAAGCAUCACCCUGGCAGCCUGCGUUGCUCCGCGUUGAUAGAUGAGAUUUGCAGAGGGAAGAUGCCAUGACGGACUCAGGAAGGAUUUGUUCUCUCUAUAGGCACGUCUGUGUUCAGCUUCCCAAAGCACAUCUAUUAAAGGCCUGGUAUGAGGCCAGCCAUAAUCAACAAGCUGUGCGUAUUGUCUUUGGACUGGAUCCACGAGACAGUUGGAAGCUGCUGCUUCCCCAUGCGUGUGAAGCACCUUUCCCUUUCCCUGUCAAGCCGGCCAGUUCCUGGCCUGUGUAUCAACGAAAUCCCUUUUAAGGCUCAAAGGUGGCCUGCAUGUGAAGUCUUCUGCGCUGGGGUGAAUUUUAUUUAUUUGAGCAGUAUCUUAGUUCCCAGUUAACCCCUCAAAUUUUUAUGACUGUUUCAGGAGAAAUGUACCUUUUAUAACCUUAGCAGUACUGGCAGUGUGUGAUACCCCUAUAUUUGCACAGUU